CCCAACAGUCAGUCCCACGCAGGCAGGCAUGAGCUCGCAACAAACGUGUCCUUCCACACAUGUCUGUCAGCGGAGCACUACAUGCGACAAAAGUUCCCAGCCCACCCAGGGAGACGGCACGUAGGUAGGGUACGGUAUGGUACGGCAGGGGCGAGAUAAACUGAUAAACCAUCCACUCACUCACUCACUCAGCGCACGACGGGAAAAAUACCUAAGCAUCCAUGGGAUGUAUCUGCCUUUCCCUCUCAAGACCCGACCCCUUGUGGCUCCUUCGAGCCAGGCUCCCUCCCUGUCCGUGCAACUAAUUGCAUUGCAUCGACGUACCCGACCUACCCAGCUACCUGGUACCCCCCGUCCAUCCAUCCAUUCAUCGGCCAGCUAUGACCAGUGAGUAAAGUGAGUGCAUCAAGAGAGGAAAGACAGAAUAGGCGAGAAAAUAAGAUAGGGGAAGGCGGUUGGGUGGCUUCCAAAGCAAUUGAAAGGCUCAGUCAGGUCUUCCCUCCCUCUUUCCCCCAGCAGAUAGGCUUACACACAUGCGCAUACCCAUUCGUUUCGAAGGGCGCUACAUACUGCCGCUGACGCCAAACUACACAGCCAGCCACUUGUUUGUUCACCCGUGUGUCUCGUUCUCCGCCAGUGGCCCGCGUAGAUAAUUUAGAGGUAAGAAGAAAGAAGAUACCGCAAUGACAUGGACUUGGAUGGAUGCAGCCAGUCGGUAGGUGAAGAAAUAAAACUUGACACACGGCGCUCGCGCAACACACACGCAAAAACACGUCACACCACCGCCUUACUGUCUGUCUGUCUGUCUGUCCGGCCCGCUGCAAUCCAACCAAACGACCUAUACAGCCACAGAAAAAGCCCUUGGGGAUCCACUCAUAUCUUCCUUCAUCCGUGCAUUGGAUGACACUGUACUCACUCAGCUACGUGUACGUGUACCGCAUGAAUGAAUGCAUCAUUGAUCCAUUCGCCAUCAUGCCUCCGUCGUGACGGCUUCCCCUGUCGCCACCCCUAUGGAACGCAGCGCCGUGCAGCUUGACACAAGCGCAUGACACGCCGUCACACAGCAGCGGGGAACAGGAAGAUACCAAACAAUCGACGGCAAGCCAAAUAAACCACACCGAGAAACAAACAAAACGGCCAACCGAAUGAAUCAGUCCCCCCGCCCGAUCGAUCGCUCAGACAUCAAAGUAGCGGUCGAAGUCCUCUGGCGGGUCCACAUUGGGCCACCGGAUGUCCGUCGCCACGCGCCACACACGAACCUGCACACAGCUCACGGCACGAGACAGACCACCUUGAUUGCAGCGAUCUUCUUUGUGUUUCGUUGCCCGAGUGACUGACCUCGUUGCAGUCUCUCCCCAGUUUCUUGAGCGUUGAGGGCCCGACACCCGCCUUCCUCAGCAAGGUCCCCUCAGCCUCCAGGGGCGCCAGUGAGGGGAGAAAACCCAGGUCGGGCCGCCUCACAAACGCCCCCACAGGCAGCGCAAAACUCACAGCGUCCACCUUGAUCAGCGGCAGCGGCAAUUCGCCCUCGGGCAGUGACGAUGCCACGCCGUCUUCGGUGAAGUCGAAAGUCAUGUUGUCUGCUGGCGGAAGGCGGUGCUGGUGCUUCUCCGACAGGCCUCGGAAUGUGCUGCUGGUGAAGUGGUCGGUGUUGAUCGCUCCGUCGUGUGGCAGGCACUGGUCGGCAGUCGCGCCGACGAAUGCCACGGGCCAGAGGAGGCCGCCGUGGGGUGGAUCGAGCCAGGGGGAGAGCGUCUCGUUGGAUGCGUUGGCGGAGGAGGAGGGGGCGGGGAUGAGCAGCCGCUGGAGGGACUCCUCGUAGAGGUCGUCAAAGAGCUCGGGAGAGAUGGCAGUGGAGGGCUCCACAAACAUCACCCAACCACCCUGAGAGAAAGCAACCACCACACACCAGGAAGAGACAGGCUCAGCACACACAUGGAAUCGGUGGCUCCACCGCCCCACGCUCUUACAUCCAUUUGAGUCCUCUUGGCUUCGUCCCUCUCCUCGGCAAUUCUCUCCCUCAGCCUCUCCACCCCCUUGUUCCACAGCCGCAGCUGCACCGACCAACCCACAGGCACGCCGCCAGAGCCUCCCUCGCCCCUCACAAAGUGCGGGGGAGCCGUCAGACCCUCCGCCGGCAUGGCCAACGUCACAUGGUCCCAGUUGUCACUGCCGAGGCCCAUCUCGCUCACCCACUGCUCCACACGGGUCCUGUCGGCGGCCGAUGGGGGAGCCACCGCCUCGGCCACGAUCAGGUGCAGCCGCAGCAUGUGUGGCGGGUGGCCUUCUCGCUCCGCGUCGUCUGCCCUUCUGACGCCAUGGCGGUACUGCGCCAGUUGGAAGCCGGCGAGAAAGCGCGUCAGGUCCAGGCGCUGCGUGACGUGGCGCCAGGUUGGGCACACCAGGAAGAUCCACUGCACUGUGGGAGCCGUGGUCGGAGCGCUGGGAGGAGGGGCGUGAGGGAAAGGGGGUUGCCCGACAUCUGCCGACUCCUGCCGAUGGCUUUGCGGCAGUGCUGCUGGUGGGCCGUGCGCCGUCUGCUGCCUCCUCCUGUAUCUCGCGAGGUCCUGGUGUAGUUCGUUGAUCCGUGUGGUGAAGAAAAGCUGCUUUUCGUUGGCCGCCCGAAUGAGCUGCUGCAGCUGCCACUCGAGCUGCACCACUUUCUCGUGCAUCUGCUCGAUGUCCUGCCGCAAUUCUCGCUCCGCCCAGAGGCUCUCGAGCAGCCACAGGGCACUGAGAACAAACGGCACGGCGAUGACUAUCGCCCUCAGCCACCGAACGUUGACGACGGGGGACCGCUGAGGUGACGAAGGGCUGGGGGAGGGAGGCAGGGAGCCUUGCAGGACGGCCUUACAGAUGCCCCACGACUCUGACAAGAUCUCCGAUAAGAUCUUCAUGCUUCAUUGUCAGGGUCCUCUUGGGCUGCCUCGCGGGAGAAAGGAAG